AUUCAGCAACCACUUAUUAACAAAUAAGCAAGAAAGAGGUAAUAAGUUCACCACUAAAACAGGACUUUUAAAAAAUUACAUUGAGUAAAAAGAGCAAAUUGCAAGAAAGAUACAUAUAAAUAUGGUGCCAUUAUUCUAAAUUCUUAAUUAUUGGAGUGAAGUUUUUCUUGUGUCUGUAAUGUUCCAUUUUGUUAAACUGAGGCAGAUACAGUAAAAAAUGUUAAUAUUUGUUAAGUAUAGGUGGUACAUGUUUGGGUGUCUUAUUUUUUUUCUACACCUUUGUACAUUUGAAAUACUUCAUAAUUAAACAUUUUAAAUUUUGUUUGUCGGUGUUUUUUUGAGACAGGGUCUUGCCCUGUUGUCCUGGCUGGAGUGCAGUGGCAUGAUCUCGGCUCAUUGCAACCUCUACCUCCCGAGCUGAAGCAGUCCUCCCGAGUAGCUGGGAGUGCACUACCACACCUGCCUCAUUUUUGCAUUUUUUUGUAGAGAUGGGGUUUAGCCUUGUUGCCCAGGCUGGUCUCGAACCCCUGGGCUCAAGCAAUCCACCUGCCCUGGCCUCCCAACAUGCUGGGAUUACAAGAAUGAGCCACUGCACCUGGCCAUCAUUUUUAAUUUUUAAAUAAGUGAAACAGGAUAAGGAUGUGAUAGGAAAUGACAGGGGCUUUUUCACGUUGAUUGGCGGGGGAGAGACUCUCUCUGGGCAGGUGACAUAUGCUGAGACCUGAAUAACAGGAAGGAGUCACUCAUGCAGACAUGCAGGGAAAGAAUACUCCAGGCAAACAGCUGUUGCUGCAGUCCUGAGGCAGGAGCAAGCCUGACGUGUUCAAGAGUUUUACUAUCCUUGGAUGCUGCUGUUGAUAUGGAAAAGAUUGAGGAACAAUUUGCUAAUCUGCACAUUGUUAAAUGUUCCUUAGGAACCAAAGAGCCCACUUACCUUCUUGGUAUAGACACAUCAAAGACUGUCCAAGCAGGAAAGGAAAACUUGGUUGCUGUUUUAUGUUCUAAUGGAUCAAUCAGAAUAUAUGAUAAAGAAAGGUUAAGUGUACUACGAGAAUUUAGUGGAUAUCCUGGACUUCUUAAUGGAGUCAGAUUUGCAAAUUCCUGUGACAGUGUAUAUUCAGCAUGUACUGAUGGCACUGUAAAAUGUUGGGAUGCUCGAGUAGCCAGAGAAAAACCUGUUCAGCUCUUCAAGGGUUACCCUUCCAAUAUUUUUAUCAGUUUUGAUAUUAAUUGUAAUGAUCAUAUUAUUUGUGCUGGUACAGAAAAAGUUGAUGAUGAUGCAUUGUUGGUGUUUUGGGAUGCAAGGAUGAAUUCUCAGGAUUUAUCUACAACUAAAGACCCACUUGGUGCAUAUUCAGAGACACAUAGUGAUGAUGUCACUCAAGUACGUUUCCAUCCCAGCAAUCCCAACAUGGUAGUCUCAGGUUCAUCUGAUGGCCUGGUAAAUGUAUUUGAUAUUAAUAUUGAUAAUGAGGAGGAUGCACUGGUUACAACCUGUAACUCAAUUUCAUCAGUAAGCUGUAUUGGUUGGUCUGGGAAAGGUUAUAAACAGAUUUACUGCAUGACACAUGAUGAAGGAUUUUAUUGGUGGGAUCUUAAUCAUCUGGAUACUGAUGAACCAGUUACACGUUUGAACAUCCAGGAUGUCAGAGAAGUAGUUAACAUGAAAGAAGAUGCUUUGGACUAUUUGAUUGGUGGCCUAUAUCAUGAAAAGACAGACACAUUGCAUGUUAUUGGAGGAACAAACAAAGGAAGGAUUCAUUUGAUGAACUGCAGCAUGUCAGGACUGACCCAUGUGACUAGCCUUCAGGGAGGGCAUGCUGCUACAGUCCGUUCUUUCUGUUGGAAUGUGCAAGAUGAUUCUUUGUUGACUGGAGGAGAAGAUGCACAGUUGUUACUUUGGAAACCUGGAGCUAUAGAGAAGACCUUUACAAAGAAAGAGAGUAUGAAAAUAGCAUCCUCUGUGCACCAACGAGUACGAGUUCAUAGUAAUGAUUCUUAUAAAAGAAGGAAAAAGCAGUGAUAAUGCAUUUGGCACUUUGUUUGGUAGGUUUUAUAGUUUCAAAUAGUCCUUCUUGUUUACUACCCAUGGUAGACAUGUUUAAAGCUUUAUGUAAAAACAAGCCAGUUAGCAAACAGUCCUGGAAAAAUAUGGUGAGAAUGGUUUAAUUCCGGUCUUCACAUAUUCUAAAAAAUUUUAAAGCCUCUAAGUAUAAAAUCAGUGAGUUGAAAGUAAAAUUUCUCAUUUAAAGAACCCAUCUGUUAAUGUAGUAAAUGUUGGCUUUAAAGAAAUAGCUCUGAUAAGGACUUUUUAGAAGGAGAUACUUGGUAAAACUUAAUAAAACAGGUGGUUGGCUGCAUUUUUUAGGCCCAGUUUUUUACAUUUUAAAUUGUCUUUGUUGUGUAUAAAACCAGAUCAGACUAUAUUCUUCAUCUGAGGAGCAUCUAUAUGUUUAAUACACCUAAUGUAUUAUGUUGGAGUAUUUAAAUGUAAGUAUUUUAAUGAGUAAAUAGAAUUAAACUUUUUAAGAAAUAAAAUGAUAGGCAUCUAUGUAAAAUGAAAAUAUUUAGUAAAUAUUUGCAUCUUUAAUAUUGUUAGUAAGUAGUAAGCAGGUGUUUUGCUGAUUGAAAGGAAGUUAUCUUGGUAAAUUGAGACUCAAAGUGAAAUACAAAAAUGAAAAUAUUUAUACUAGGACUCAACUUGGAGAAAUUGCUAUUCUUCCUGUUGUCCAAACCAUAAAUCUGAGGAUAACCUGGACUUUUCUCUUCCCUCUUCUCCUAACCAGUUUUUCACCAAGGCCUGUGCCAUUUCACCUCCUAACGUCUGUCAGCUAUCCUUUUGCCUUUACCUCACCACUGCUACCCCAGAGAAGACUUUCAUUAUUUCUCACCUGGAUUACCAGCUCGAUCUCUAAUCUGCUUCAGUUCAUCCUUCUUGCUACUUCUAGGCUAAACAUCAAAAACAGAUCUGGUAGGGGCGGGGAAAUGAGGGGGAAGAAACAAAAACGUGGUGAUGCCUCAUGCUGCUUAAAAUCUUCAGUACAUUGAUGUUUUGAUGGAGGACUACAUAAGCGUUAAAAAUUGUGUUUUUCAGCAUCUUUAAACUAUAAGACAGUGCUGUGUAGUGAAUAAAAAAAUUAGUUUGAAAGAUAUCUGGGGAAAUCGCAUUCAUAAAACAAUUGGAAGUGAAACUAUCAAAACAAUAGGGCUUUUUAAAAUUAAAAAUAUUUAAAAUUCAAAAGUAAUUAAUAGUGUUGGAAGAUGCGGGUGAGAAAAUAUUCCUGAAAGUAGAACUGAAAGAGACAGAAAAGAUGAAAGCCACAGAAGAUAAAUACAGGGGUCUAAAACCAGACUAACAGUUUUAGAAAGUGAAAAAAGUUAAAGAAAUGGCAGUGGGUUAUUAGAAAUAACAUAAACGGUUGGUAUGGUUUGUCUGUGUCCUCACCGAAAUUUCAUCUCGAAUUGUAAUCCCCAUAAUCCCCACAUGUCUAGGGAGAGACCUGGUGGGAGGUGAUUGGAUCAUGGGGGUGGUUUCUCCUAUGCUGUUCUCCUGAUAGUGGGUGAGUUCUCACAAGAUCUGAUGGUUUUAUAAAGGACUCUGCCCCUUUAAUUCCUCACUCUUUCUCCUGAAGCCUUGUGAAGAAGGUGCUUUGCUUCCCCUUUGCCUUCCCCCAUGAUUGUAAGUUUCUUGAGGCCUCCCUGGCCAUGCUGAACUCUUGAGUCAAUUAAACUCUCUUUCUUUUAUAAAUUA